AUGUCUCAUUUAACAGCAAGUCAAGAACGUGAAUUGCGUGACGCUUUCGAUCUGUUCGAUACGGAUCAUUCAGGUAAAAUAUCAAAAUCAGAACUAAAACGUGUGCUUCAUGCAUUGAAUAUCAAAGUUAAUGAUCAUGAAGUAACAAAAUUACUAUCUCAAAUGGACACGGAUCAUAGUGGUGAAAUUGAUUUUAAUGAGUUUAAAACAGUUAUGGGUGCAUCCUAUUUUAAAAAGCAUUCCAAACAAGAGCUACAUACAGCAUUUGAAAAUUUUGAUGAAGACGACAACGGUUACAUAACAGCAGAUGAACUCAAUCAUAUAUUGUUACGUAUGGGUAGACAUUUAAGUCGAGCUGAAAUCGAAGCUACUGUUAGAGCAUUAGAUGCAAGUGGUGAUGGAAAAAUUUCGUUCGAUGAAUUCUGUAAACUAUUUGAUUGA